AUGAGAGGAGGCAUCUGCUCUGUCUUUUUUGUGGUGUUUGCAGUGCCCUUGGUCUGUUGGGGUAAAACUGCCGAUGAUGGUGUCAGGCCCAGGCCCCCACACGUCAUCUUCAUCAUGGUAGAUGACCAGGGUUAUGGAGACAUUGGCUACCAUGGCUCCGACAUCCACACCCCUGUGUUGGACCAGCUGGCAAGAGAGGGGGUCAUACUUGAAAAUUAUUACGUCCAACCCAUCUGCUCACCCUCUCGCAGCCAACUCAUGACAGGACGCUACCAAAUUCACACUGGCCUCCAGCAUUCAAUCAUCCGUCCACGCCAGCCCCUCUGCCUGCCCCCGGACAUCCCCACCCUUCCAGACCGUCUGUUCAAAGCUGGAUAUGCCACACACAUGGUGGGCAAAUGGCACCUGGGCUUCUGCAGACCGAGCUGCCUGCCAACAGGACGCGGUUUUCAGAGUUUUCUGGGCACACUGACCGGAAGCGGAGACCACUUCUCCUAUCAAAGUUGUGACGGGGCUGAAGCCUGUGGAUUUGACCUGCAUGAUGGAGAGAAACCUGCCUGGGAGAUGACUGGAAACUAUUCUACUCUGCUCUACAUUGACAGAGUGAAGCAAAUCCUGAAGAGCCAUGACCCCCAUAAGCCCCUCUUCCUCUACCUGUCACUUCAAGCAGCACAUACACCCUUACAGGUACCUGAUCAUUUUCUGCAUCACUACGACACUCAGGGAAAUCGACUCCGACGUCACUAUGCAGCCAUGUUGAGCUGCUUGGAUGAUGGGGUUGGACAGGUUGUCCAAGAGUUAAAGACAAGUAGCCUCUAUGAAAACACGGUGCUGAUCUACUCGUCUGAUAACGGAGGACAGCCGCUCUCUGGAGGAAGCAACUGGCCCCUGAGAGGUGGAAAAGGCACCUACUGGGAAGGAGGGAUCCGAGCUGUGGGCUUUGUCCACAGUCCCCUUAUGAAGAGGAGGGGUGUUGUCAGCCAUGCUCUGAUCCAUAUAUCAGACUGGUUUCCAACAUUACUGGGACUGGCUGGAAUUGUGCACUCCCACCAUGGCCUCGAUGGUCAUAAUGUGUGGAGAACUAUCAGCGAAGGCCUUCCCUCUCCUCGCACUGAAAUCCUUUUUAACAUUGACCCAGUCUCGAGGAAGCCUGAGGAGCCAUAUGACAAGGCGUUAGUCCUUAACGGCUUUGGCAUCUGGGACACAGCAGUGAGGGCAGCGAUUAGGGCAGGGGACUGGAAGCUGCUGACUGGUAAUGUUGGCAAUGGGGACUGGAUACCUCCACACUCUCUACCCAGUGGUACACAACAGUGGCAUGGUCUUGAGAGGAGGCGCAAUAAGUUGGGGAAGUCAGUGUGGUUGUUUAAUGUCACCUCUGACCCCUAUGAGAGGUCAGACCUGGCAGAGGCUCGUCCAGAGGUUGUAAAACAUCUGCUGACCCGACUGGCAGAGUACAACCAGACCGCUGUGAUGGCCAGGAAUCCACCAGAUGAUCCUAUGGCUGACCCCGAACUCCAUGGAGGGGUGUGGAGCCCUUGGUUGGGUGUAGAGGGGCACGAAGGGGAUAGUGAGGAGGAAGAUGGAAGGAAAGAUAGAAAGACAAAGAUGAAACAGUGUAAGGUCUGCAAACUUAAAGCUCUGUUUAAGAAGGUGGGAUCACGUCUGCAGAGAAAUACUCUUUUCUUCUAA